GGUUUCAUGAGCAUCCAGCUGUCACAAAUCAUCGAAGCUGACAAGCAGAUGUUUAUUUUGGCAAGCAACAACCUGAUGGGAAGGCUUACGUCUUCGGCAGGUGCGGCGCCGGCCCUUGACAGUGAAAUAACUCGUUUGUCCAGAAGCCCUGACAUCAUGCAAUAUUUGGCUCCUUUGCAAAACCCUCCUACGGUUCAACAGCCGUGGAAGCCUGAUGGAAAAGGGGGCCGGAAGGGUAAGGACAAGGACGGCAAGGGCAACAAGGGUGCAGCGCGUACCCCUCUGGAGUUGCCACAGGGUUGUGUGACUAAGGAUGACUCGAACCAGCCUCUUUGCUUCGCUUUCAAUACGCAUGGCUGUAAGAAUCAGUGGAAGAAGGGCAGGCUGGGGCUUGAGACACCCCGCCAGAGGGUGCGCCGACCUCUGGGGGAGUGCUGCAAGGCAGACCUUGCAACCCUCUUUGAAAUGCUCCCAGAGCGGGAGAUUCGGAGAGGCCCUCGGAAUGUAAAGAGCGUCUUCCUGGUCAUGUUUUCUCCAGUUGCGGCAUUUUCUCCGAUUCAGCUACGCAAGGGUGCUUUGUCCCGAGCGCUGAGGCAGCUAGGCUUUGAGGUGCACAGCUUUGAUCAUCAUCAUUGUGAUGCCCAAGUGCCCAUGCUGCAACUCGACCUGGCGAGUGACAGUGGGCAGGCCUGGUUCUGGGAUUUCUUGGCAAAGCAUCGGCCUUUUGCAAUUCACAUGGGAGUGCCGUGUGGGACCAGCAGCAAGGCCGUAAAUCCUUGCAGCCAGCCGGCAUCUGUUUCGGAUCAGAACUUUGACGACCUUGUUCAGGAGAAUCUUACUAAGGACCCCAAAUUGAUUUCCCUCAAGAGAAACCUUGCCAUUGCAAAAGUGAAGCAGGAAGUUGCUCGCUACCGAGACAAGGAGCUGCAGCUGCACAAUUCAAUGCACCCAGCAGUCGCCAAGGUUAUGAAGGGCAAGAACGUUCUUGCUUUGGAGUCUCUUUCGCAAUCUGAGGGCUAUGAUGACAUGGGUGCCAUGGCUUUUCUCAAGGAAGGGGUUCGUUUGGUGGGCACGUCUGAGUGCCCCGAGUGCUUCGACCGCAAGAUCGUACCUGCCCAACUCACCGAGGGUGAACUCCUUGAGACAGCUGCAGAAAGGCGCGAGGCCUUGUUGCAGAAGUUUGAAAAGGUUGAACCUCGAGAAGCUGAAGCUCUGAAAGAGGCCACCGAUGGCGAGGUGGCUCAUGGAUUUCUUGAGGGCCCAUAUUAUGAUAAGCACGGGGUGUCAGCCAAACUGGGAACUGAUCAAUGGACCAUUAUAAGAAGAUUCGUUCUUUUCCAAGGAGCUGAGCAAAAGGCGCGGCCGAUUGACAAUUGCUUGGAAUCGCAGCUGAAUGCAGGGUACUCUGCUAGCAUUCACUUGCGUCUGCAGGACUCUGACUACAUUGCAUCGAUGGCUCUGCAUGUUGCAAAGGCGAUCAGCGAGGGCCGAGCACAUUCCAAGGCGGCCCAUUGGAAGGGCAAGUGCUUAGACUUAAGCAAGGCUUACAAGCAAUUGGCGGUGUAUCCUCAGCAUCGUCCUCUGGCGGUCAUUGCAGUGAGAGGGGCAGAUGGGCGAGAUGCGCUUUACCUGUCCAACAGCUUGAUGUUUGGGAGCACAGCAGCGGUUUAUGCGUUUAAUCGCAUAAGCCGUUGCAUUUGGUUCUUGAUCAACCGUCUGCUGUGGAUACCUGCUGGGGUCUUUUAUGAUGACUUUCCUCUUCUGAGUCCAGCAGAAAGUUCUGACAAUGCCGAUGCGGUUGUCAGUGCAUUUUUGGACGAGUUGGGAUGGCUCCAUGCGAAAACAGGGGCAAAGGGUAAGCCCUUUGCCGAGGAGUUUGAUGUUCUUGGAAUGUCGUUGCAGCUCUCGAGUUUUGGUCAGGGCAAAGUUGUGUUGGCCAACAAGCAAGGGCGGAUUGAAAGGAUCAUAGAGCGCAUGCAAGAGAUUGCAGCCAAGGGCGAGAUUCGACGACACGAAGCGCAGGUCCUGCAAGGCUUGCUUCAGUAUGCAUCUGGCUUUUACUCGGGGCGAGCUUUGAAACACGCUUCGCAUGUUUUGGCCAAGAUUUCCAGUGGUUUACAUUUUGGACCCAAGGACCUCAGUGACUUUUGUCUGCAUACGGAAAGCCUUCUUCGUGAUGAAUCACCGCGCAUCUUGAGCAGCUCCAUGAUUACGGACGUUGUGCAUCUGUGGACAGAUGGAGCUUGGGAAUCUGGUACCGCAGGUGUGGGAGUAGCUGUUCACGACUGCUUUGCAGGCAUGGGCUGGGUCUAUGAGGGCCAAGUGCCUGCUAAGGUCCUCGACAAGUGGAGAACUGAGGUGGGCGAGCAGCUCAUUUGUGAAAUUGAGAUGUUUGCAGUCCUUGCAACGAUGCUUGAGCUCAACACCUUUUUGUCUGCCAGACGCGUGAUAUGGUGGAUAGAUAAUGAUGCUACCAGAGCAGUCAUCAUAAAGGGAGCCAGUCGAAGCUGGGCUAUGCAUGAGCUUGCUCGACUGUUUUCUGAACUCGACAGUCAAUACCCAUCUAUGUGGUGGGUGUGCCGAGUGCCUUCGUUCUCGAAUCCUGGAGAUGCGCCGUCCAGAGGUCAUGGCAGCGAGGCCAUGACGGCGGUGGGGGCAUCAAAAGUUCAGCAGUUCAGCAUGCUAGAUGAGUUGUCCGAGCGUCUCUGCGCCUUCAAGAGAGCCUCAGUGAUCAGGGGCGUCGGGGCUUCUUGA